CGGAAGCCCACGGGCCCGACCUUGAGGAGAUUCGCCUGAGCCGGGCUGCAUUUAUUGUUUGGUCGGCAGACAAUGUAGGUGCUUAAUUCAUUUGUCGUCGCGAAGAUUUAUGCGAUAUUUCACGAAUGUUGGAUGCAAUAGAGUGAAAGCCGAAGUUUGUGAUUGACGGUGGUCCUCCGUCCCUGUGCGCUUUCCUGCCUUGGAUCAUGUCAGUAAGGUGACACAUGCCUGAGUAGGAUUACACAAGUAGAUUCGCCAUGGUGAAAACGCCGCUUUUGGAUGAAUUCUGCAAGUCUCCUUUUUGGGAUGACAAUCUUUUAUGGAAUUCAACCAAUCCAGAUUUAACACCAUGCUUCGAAAAGACAGCCCUCGUGUGGACACCUUGCUUGUUCCUGUGGCUGUUUGGUCCAUUAGAAUGCUAUUUUCAAAGGAAGUCUUCCUACAAGCCCUUACCAUGGACUGGAGCAAAUAUAAUCAGAAUGGUUUUAUCUCUGAUCCUGAGUAUUUUGUGUGCAUUGAAUAUAUUGGAUGAAUUGUUUAACAAAAGUAAUGAUGUAUAUUUUGUGCCUUCCCUCGUUGCGGAAUCGCUAAAAGCGCUUACUUUUCUCUUUGCCUUGGUCUUGAUGUUAUUCAACAGAAAGCGAGGGCGGCAUACUUCUGGCAUUUUGUUCAUUUUUUGGUUAUCUCUAACAUUCUGCGAGAUUUUUCCAUACAGAACUGCAUUUAUGACACUCCAGUCUCAGACUGAAUUGCCGAGUAUAUUUUCUUUCGUUAUACACAUGAUAUAUUUCCCGAUCUUGGCAGCCGAGUUAAUUUUGUCUUGCUUCGCAGACAUCCGGUAUCGACAUCCUCCUGACAUAGAAGGAAAAAAAGAAUGUCCAGAAAUGAGAGCUUCUUUUGCAUCUAAGCUGACUUUUUGGUGGUUUAAUGGGAUGAGCAUUCUGGGCUGGAAAAGGCCUUUAAGAUUUGAAGAUCUGUGGGAGCUAAAUCCAGACGAUCGCACUGAUCACAUAGCUUCUCAAUUUGAAAAACAUUACAGACAGUUUAACUGGACCCAACCAACUGCACCCUCCAAAAUACGCGAGGAGGUCGAGGAUGUGAAAGCAGAAGAACAAGUGUUGAAGGAUGGAACAGAAUACAUCGUGAGGAAUGGUCGUCACGAGCAGCCCAAAGAAAAAAUUCAUAUACUUCGCUCGCUCUAUAAAACUUUUGCUGGUUCUUUUAUUACGGGAAGCAUCCUGAAGUUAAUAUAUGAUUUGCUUCAGUUUAUCAAUCCGCUUAUCUUACGUUCCCUCAUUGAAUAUGUGAAGUCGGACGAUCCUCUUUGGAUAGGAGUUUUGUUUGCUGCCCUUAUAUUUCUGAACUGUACUCUACAAUCCGUUGUAUUGGGUUCUUAUUUCCACCGUAUGUUUAUUAUCGGCAUGCGUGUGCGCACUGCUCUUGUCACAGCUGUGUAUAAGAAAUCUCUAGUUCUCUCAUCAACUGCAAGAAAAGAAUCCACUGUUGGUGAAAUAGUGAAUUUGAUGUCUGUGGAUUCUCAGCGAUUUAUGGACUUGAUGACCUACUUGAACCUCAUAUGGUCUGCUCCCCUUCAGAUCGUGGUUGCUCUCUUAAUGCUGUUCAACAUAUUGGGAAUAGCUGUUUUAUCUGGACUUUUUGUAUCUAUUAUUCUGAUACCUAUCAAUGCCCUGCUAGGCCAAAUGAUGAAAAAGCGACAGGUGAAACAAAUGAAAUAUAAAGAUGAGCGAGUAAAACUUGUCAAUGAAGUUUUAUCUGGUAUCAAGGUAUUGAAACUGUAUGCUUGGGAGGAGGCCUUCAGGGAAAAAAUUAAUGCAAUUAGAGAAAAAGAAAUCAAGAAUUUGAAAUUUAUUGCAUAUCUGAAUUCCUUAACUAUGAUGAUUUGGAGCUGUUCACCUUUCUUAGUUGCUCUUGUCAGUUUUGCUACCUAUGUGCUUAUAGAUGAAAACAAUCAUCUAGAUGCAGCCACUGCAUUUGUUUCUCUUUCUCUAUUCAAUAUACUACGCUUUCCAUUGACUAUGUUGCCUCAUCUAAUCACUACAAUGAUUCUAGUUUCUGUAUCUGUGAAAAGACUUAACAAGUACAUGAACAGUGAAGAGCUUGAUAGAUAUGUUACUUAUGAUCCAUCUGAUGUGUUUGCAUUGACUGUCAGCAAUGGAGACUUUACGUGGGACCCACCCAAGAAAGAAGAGAAAGAGAAGGCAGCUAAACCUACUCUGACUAAUAUUCAACUGUUAGUCCCAAGAGGCAGCCUUAUUGCAAUUGUGGGACAGGUUGGGUCUGGGAAAUCAUCCCUUUUCUCUGCCAUAUUGGGGGAGAUGACGAAGCUUUCAGGAAGUGUCAUUUUUAGUGGCAAAGUUGCAUAUACUUCUCAGCAACCAUGGAUACAAAAUACAUCCUUGAAAAACAAUAUUUUGUUCUCCAAGCCCUUAUCGAAGCAUUUUUACGAGGAAGUUAUUGAAGCUUGCGGGCUGAAACCAGAUCUUGAAAUUUUGCCAGGAGGAGACCAGACAGAGAUAGGAGAAAAGGGUAUAAAUUUGAGUGGUGGUCAGAAACAACGAGUAAGUUUGGCAAGAGCAGUUUAUGCCUCUGCUGAUAUAUAUCUUUUGGAUGAUCCUUUAUCUGCUGUGGACUCGCAUGUUGGGAAACAUAUAUUUGAUAAAGUGAUCGGACCCUCUGGGUUACUGAAAUCAAAGACUCGAAUAUUGGUGACCCAUUCUUUAACAUACUUGCCUCAAACAGAUGUAAUUUAUGUUAUGAAAGAUGGGACAAUAGCUGAGAAAGGCUCCUUUCAAGAGCUGGUGGAUAGCAAAGGACCCUUUGCUGAAUAUCUUGCUCAGUAUGGAUCAGAGAUCGAUGACUCUGAAGACUUGAGUGAUAUUCCACCAGAACUUAUAAGGAGCUUAUCCCUUAAUACUGAAAGUAGCCCUGGUUCUGAUCUGGAAGACAGUCAGCAGAUGACUAUCAUGUCCAUCAAUCGCCAACCAUCAAUGGAACGAUCCGUUAGUCGGCAACCAUCAAUAGAACGAUCCAUUAGUCGCCAGAAUUCGAGGGAAAAACGUUCCAAUUCCUUAUCUAAUUCGAUAGAGAAAUCGGGUUCCUUGCCAAAGGAUUUUGCUAAACUGAUUAACAUUGAAGAGGCAGAAACUGGACAGGUGAAAAUAUCAGUCUACAUGGAGUAUUUUAAAGCAGUUGGCCACUGGUGGCUGGCUGUCAUUGUUAUCUCUUAUAUUGUGUGGCAAGCAUUUGCUGUGGAAUCCAAUGUGUGGCUGAGUGAAUGGGGCACUGAUAAACCUCUGAAUGGCACUGAAGAAAAAGCACAGAGAGACUACAGACUUGGCAUAUUUGGUGCUUUGGGACUUGGGCAAUCCAUCGGAAUAUUUGUCGGAUCUUUUGCUGUUGCUUAUGGGACACUCGCUGCCGCCAAUUCUCUCCAUGAUGGGAUACUUAUAAAUGUCUUGAAGUCCCCCAUGUCGUUCUUUGACACUACUCCCCUGGGACGCAUAGUGAAUCGCUUCUCCAAAGACAUUGAUACAGUGGAUGUAACCAUCCCUAUGACCUUGAGGUCCUGGUUGUCAUGCUUGCUUCAGGUUAUUUCCACACUUAUUGUCAUCAGUGUGCAAACACCGAUCUUUUUAGUGGUGGUUGUGCCCAUCAGUGUUAUCUAUUAUUUUAUACAACGAUUUUAUCUGUCAACGAGUCGGCAGCUGAAGAGACUCGAAUCCAUCACUCGAUCUCCCAUCUAUUCCCAUUUUUCCGAAACAUUGUCGGGAGCAAGCACCAUUCGAGCUUACAGAGCAGAGGAGAGAUUCUGCAGACAGUCCAAUACUUUUGUCGAUAACAAUCAAAUAUGCUACUAUCCUAGCAUUGUGUCCAAUAGGUGGUUGGCCAUUCGUCUAGAUUUUUGUGGAAAUUUCAUCAUUUUCUUUGCUGCUCUAUUUGCUGUACUUCAGAGAGAUAGUUUAGAUGCUGGAAAAGUGGGAUUGUCUGUUACUUAUGCACUUAUGGUCACCAGUACAUUGAAUUGGCUUGUGAGAAUGAGUUCCGAGUUGGAAACGAACAUUGUUGCUGUGGAAAGAAUUUUGGAAUACACCAACACUCCGACUGAAGCCCCUUGGGACAUAGAAGACAAGAAACCGCCCAAAGAAUGGCCUGACAGAGGAACCGUUAAGAUGGAUAACUAUUCUACGAGAUACAGAGCUGGGUUGGAUUUAGUUUUGAAACAAAUUUCGUGCGAUGUUAAGUCGGGGGAGAAGAUUGGAAUUGUUGGGAGGACGGGAGCCGGAAAGUCGUCUUUGACUCUGUCUCUGUUCCGGAUCAUCGAGGCUGCCGAGGGAAAAAUCGUGCUGGACGAUCUUAACAUUGCCGACAUGGGCCUUCACGAUCUCAGAUCCAAAAUCACGAUCAUUCCUCAGGAUCCGGUACUUUUCUCCGGGACACUCCGAAUGAACUUAGAUCCGUUCAACUGGUACUCGGAUGCUCAGCUGUGGGAAGCUCUGGAACAUGCUCAUUUGAAAAAUUUUGUGAGUACUCUGGAGGAAGGUUUGGAACACGAGGUGGUCGAAGGAGGAGAGAAUCUGAGCGUUGGCCAAAGGCAACUUGUGUGCCUUGCCCGGGCCUUACUCCGAAAGACCAAAAUUCUGGUUUUGGAUGAGGCCACUGCUGCUGUGGAUUUGGAGACCGACAGUCUUAUUCAGGGAACCAUCAGAACAGAGUUUAAGGAUGCGUCAGUGCUAACGAUUGCUCAUCGUCUCAACACUGUGAUGGAUUAUGAUAGGAUAAUGGUAUUAGAUCAGGGAAGAGUUGCAGAAUUCGAUUCGCCAGACGCUUUGCUGAAAAAUAAGAAUUCCAUCUUCUAUGGAAUGGCCAAAGACGCAGGUCUUGUUUGAAGAAAUCAAGAAUCGGUACUUUUCUCCCGACGGUUGAAACAGUACACAAUGCGAGUAUUACGGACCAGUAUGCAAUUGUUUUCAGUAUCCACUUUAAUGAAUAUUUCUUUUCUGUGAUGAUUGCAAAUCAAACCUAAAGAGUAUUUUUUUCCCUACUUUUUAUUCGUUGUAAAUAAUUAUCACUGAAUGUACUUAAUUUUAAAAACAUUUGCUGAUUUUUAUGUGCUUAUUUUAAACUAAAAUUUUUUUCUGUUGCAUUGUACAUUUUUUUUCCCCAUUAAGAUGGUUUUUGUACAAUGUUUAUUGGAGUUCAUUUGUAAAUAAAUUACUUUUAAUUUAUUUGAAAAAUCAUUUUUAAGAAACAUUAUGAUCAUGCUAUUACUUAAUGAAAGUAAUUAAUUAUCUGUUUGUUAAUUUAAUCUCCGGAAACGUAUUUUGCAACUAUUAAGAUUUUUAAAGUCUUACUUAAUUUUAUGUUUUAUUUGAAAUAGGAGGUAUUACUUAAAAUGAUUGGCAUUUACAAUUAUUUAGAUAUCUUUAAUUAAAUUUUUUUUUCUCAUUUAAUAAUAAAGUUUAUUUUGAUUUUAUGCUUUUAUUAUUUGAAAAUGGGUCUCAUAAAUAUAUUCUUUUCGAUGUUUUUAUAAAUACAAUUUCAGUGGA